AGCCAAAUCAGAACGGAAACCAAAACCAAACCCUAAUCGCCUCCGUUUUUUACCUUACAACAGCACUCAUGUCUUCCUUAUCUUCGAACAACAACCCCUCUCAGGAAAACAAAGACAAAAAAAUUACCCAAGAAGGAGAGGAAAUAGAAAAAAGGAAUGGAGAAGAAGAAACUACCGAAGAAGUAAAGGAGCAAGAAGAAGAAAAAAAGGAAGAGGAACCAAGUCAAGGAGAAUUAGGGUUAGGGAAUCAGCAGGUCCCCUCUGAGGAAAACAAAGACAACAAAAUUAACCAAGAAGGUGAGGAACAAGAAAAAAAUAAUGGAGAGGAAGAAACUACCCAAGAAGUAAAGGAGAAAGAAGGGGAACCAAGACAGGGAGAAUUAGGGUUAGGGAAUCAGCAGGUGCAGACCACCUGGACGGUCGGGCUGUGGUUUUCCCUUCGCUCUGCGCCUAAUCGGAAAGGGGAGACGUUGCCUCAACUUCCAAGGCAGUAUAUCAGAGUGAAAGAAGAGAACAUGACAGUUUUGACAGUAAAGAAGUACCUCGUUACAAAGUUUGGGCUCGAAAGUGAGGCUGAGAUUGAUCUUUCAUGCAUGGGACGGCAAUUGUUGGAUUCCCAGACGCUAAAGUAUGCGCGUGAUAUCGUAUGGCGUGGUAGACUGAUUGAAACUCUCACUCCAUCUGAAUCCAUUCAUGCUACAAAUGAAAGCGCUGCAAAUCUUGUGAUGCCAUUACAUUAUGCGAAGCACUGUGUGGAGUAGGUAAUAUUGAUGAGAAAUAAACUGAUUAAGGAGACUCUUUUAUCUUUUCUAGUAUUUGUCUAUUUCAAACUCUUUUAACAUGUCUGUAUAAUGAGAAAUAGCUGAAGCACCCCAAGACAUUAUUAUGCUGUUUGUCUUAACUAUGUUUUCCUUAUAUGCAGCACCUUAAGACAUUAUUCUGC